AUGGUUCUAGGUGAUACAGUUAAUAUUGGAGAUGUAUCCUACACAUUGAAAACUCCUAAGAACCCGGAACUCGUGCCGCGGAAUUACAUUUCAGAUUCUCUGGCUCAGUCAGUAGUUCAACAUCUAAGAUGGAUAAUGCAAAAGGAUCUUCUGGGGCAAGAUGUCUUUCUAAUAGGACCUCCUGGGCCUCUUCGACGCACUAUUGCUAUGCAGUACUUGGAAUUGACCAGGAGAGAAGUUGAGUACAUCUCUUUGUCAAGGGACACCACUGAGACUGAUCUCAAACAGCGACGAGAGAUCCGUGCAGGCACAGCAUUCUACAUUGACCAGUGUGCAGUUCGUGCUGCCACAGAAGGCAGAAUUCUUGUUUUGGAAGGCUUGGAAAAGGCAGAAAGGAACGUUCUUCCUGUGUUGAACAACUUGCUGGAAAACAGAGAGAUGCAGCUUGAAGAUGGACGCUUCCUGAUGUCUGCUGAGCGCUAUGACAAACUUCUCCAAGAUCACACUAAAGCAGAGUUGGAUGCUUGGAAGAUUGUCCGAGUUAGUGAAAAUUUCCGAGUGAUUGCCCUGGGUUUGCCUGUGCCCAGGUACUCUGGGAAUCCACUAGACCCCCCUCUCCGUUCUAGAUUUCAAGCCAGAGAUAUUUAUUUUCUACCCUUCAAGGACCAACUUAAACUACUGUAUUCAGUAGGAUCCAAUGUUCCUGCUGAAAGACUUUCUCAGCUCUUGUCCUUUGCCACAACUCUCUGUUCCCAAGAAUCUUCUACUCUUGGACUUCCAGAUUUUCCUCUAGAUAGUUUACCAGCUGCAGUUCAAAUCUUGGAUUCCUUUCCCAUGAUGUCAAUCAAACAAGCAAUCCAGUGGCUGUAUCCAUAUACCAUUUUACUAGGACAUGAAGGGAAGAUGGCUGUGGAAGGUGUUUUAAAACGCUUUGAGCUCCAGGAUUCAGAAAGCUCUCUGCUUCCUAAAGAGAUUGUAAGAGUGGAGAGGGUAUGUGAAAAUCAUGUCUCCCAAGCCUGUGUGACUAUCCGAGUUGGAGGAAAAGAGGUGGUCAUUAAGGUGCCAGCGGGAACCAGGCCAUUACAUGAACCUUGUGCAUCAGAUCAUUUUAUACCAACACUAAGUCACAAACAACUACUGGCUGAAAUGAUUCAGUCUCACAUGGUUAAGGACAUGUGUAUUGUUGGAGGAAAGGGUUGUGGAAAAACAGUGAUUGCUAAGAACUUUGCAGAUGCCUUAGGAUACAACAUAGAACCUAUUAUGCUCUAUCAGGAUAUGACAGCACGGGAUCUGCUGCAGCAGAGAUACACUCUUCCCAAUGGAGACACUGCCUGGCGGUCCUCAGCCCUCGUGAAUGCUGCAUUGGAAGGGAAGCUGGUCCUGUUGGAUGGCAUUCACCGAGUCAAUGCUGGCACACUUGCUGUGUUGCAAAGGCUAAUCCAUGACCGGGAGCUCAGCCUCUAUGAUGGCUCUAGGCUUCUGAGAGAAGACCGCUACAUGUGUUUAAAAGAGGAGCUGCAAAUGUCUGAUGAGCAGCUACAGAAGAGAUCCAUUUUUCCUAUCCAUCCUUCCUUCAGAAUCAUCGCGUUGGCAGAGCCCCCUGUUAUUGGCAGCACAACACAGCAGUGGCUGGGACCAGAAUUUUUAACCAUGUUCUUUUUCCAUUAUAUGAAGCCACUUGUCAAAAGUGAAGAAAUCCAAGUGGUGAAGGAGAUGGUCCCAAAUAUACCUCAGGAAGCACUGAAUAAAUUGUUAUCUUUUACACACAAACUCAGAGAGACCCAGGAUCCAACGGCACAAUCCUUAGCAUCAUCUCUUUCUACCCGGCAACUGUUGCGGAUUGCUCGCCGGCUGUCACAGUAUCCUAAUGAAAACCUUCACAGUGCUGUUACAAAAGCCUGCCUUUCCAGGUUUUUACCCAGCCUUGCUAGGUCAGCAUUGGAGAAAAAUCUGGCAGACACUGCAAUAGAAAUAAAUACUGAUGAUAAUCUGGAGCCAGAUCCCAUAAAUUUCAAAUGUGAGGUAGAAUCUGGAUCUCUGCAGAUUGGCGCUGUGCGUGCACCAAUAUUCAAUGCCCAUGAGAAAAUGAAAGUGCCGGAUGUUCUCUUCUACAACAAUGUUCAGCACAUGAUAGUGAUGGAAGAUAUGCUCAAAGACUUUCUCCUUGGAGAGCACCUGUUAUUAGUUGGAAACCAGGGAGUUGGCAAAAACAAGAUUGUUGACCGGUUCCUUCACCUGCUCAACAGACCCCGAGAAUAUAUCCAGCUGCACAGGGAUACCACAGUACAAAGUCUUACUCUUCAGCCUUCAGUUAAAGAUGGACUAAUUGUGUAUGAAGACUCACCUUUGGUGAAAGCAGUAAAGUUGGGUCAUGUUCUAGUAGUGGAUGAGGCAGACAAAGCCCCAACAAAUGUCACCUGUGUUUUGAAAACUCUAGUAGAAAAUGGAGAAAUGAUUUUAGCUGAUGGAAGACGAAUUGUUGCCAAUUCCACUAAUGUGAAUGGAAGAGAAAAUGUAAUAGUAAUCCAUCCUGAUUUUAGGAUGAUUGUUCUGGCCAACAGACCUGGAUUUCCUUUCUUAGGCAAUGAUUUCUUCGGCACCUUGGGUGACAUUUUCAGCUGCCAUGCAGUUGACAACCCCAAACCCCACUCAGAGCUUGAGAUGCUCAAACAAUAUGGACCAAAUGUGCCAGAACCAAUCCUUCAGAAACUUGUUGCUGCCUUUGGAGAGCUGAGGAGUUUGGCUGACCAGGGUAUUAUUAACUAUCCAUAUUCUACUAGGGAAGUUGUCAACAUUGUCAAACACUUACAGAAAUUUCCCAGUGAAGGCCUCUCUAAUGUGGUUCGGAAUGUGUUUGACUUUGAUUCUUACAACAAUGACAUGAGGGAGAUUUUGAUUAACACUUUGCACAAAUAUGGGAUACCAAUUGGAGCAAAGCCUACCAAUGUGCAACUGGCAAAGGAGUUGCCUCUGCCAGAUCAAACAUUCAUGGGCUACUGGACAAUUGGUCAGGCAAGAAAUGGAAUGCAGAAACUCUUGUGCCCAGCAGAAACUCAUCAUAUCGACAUAAAGGGUCCAGUACCUAUAAACAUACAAGAGUAUCCAAUAGAAAGACAUGAAGGAAGAGCCCUAAGCUUUACUGAGGAAUGUGCUUCCUGGAAGUUGCCAUUGGAUGAAACUAAUUUAAUCUGUGACAUUGCUGUAUCACACGAAAAUGAAAAAAAUACUCUGUAUGUAGCUGCAUGCAAUCCUGUUUCCUUAUACUUUAUGGAUAUGACUGGAAAAAAUGUCUUCUUUGUGGACUUUUUUGACAUCUUCCCAAGAAUGGCCAGUGGAGUUUGGCAACCUUUUGUGACAGUGGCACCUCUGGGAAGUCCCCUCAAGAGUCAGGUUAUUCUCCAUGAAGAGCAGAGCAAUGUUAUCCUUUUGUUAGAUACCACUGGCCGGGUCCUUCGUCGUCUCAUCCUCCCUUUGGAAGAGGUGACAUCUAAGAAAUCUUCCUGGUGGAGCAAAGAGGAAGGUGAAACUUAUAAAAUGUGUAAAGAAUUUUCACACAAAAACUGGCUAGUAUUCUACAAAGAAAAAGGGAACAGCUUGACUGUACUGGAUGUCUUAGAAGGCCUCACACACACCAUAGUGCUUCCCAUCAACCUCAGGGCAGCUUUUCUGGUAGCAGAGGACAAGUGGCUUCUGGUGGAGAGCAAAACCAAUCAGAAAUACCUUUUAACUAAGCCUGCACACAUUGAAUCUGAUAACAGUGGGGUUUGCCAAUUAUAUGUUCUGAAAGAGGAGCUGCCUAGCACUGGGUUUGGAGUUAUACAAGAAAUGGAGUUCAGCCUUCCUCAUAAAAUUUCAAGUGAUCAACUAUCAGCUGAAAAUCUAAGUUCAGCUGUGGGACAGAAGAUUGCCUCUCCUAACCGAAUUCUCUCAGAUGAAAGCAGUUAUGCCACUAUAAUUGUUGGCUUCCCAGAUCUCAUGUCCCCCAGUGAAGUUUACUCUUGGAAGAGGCCAUCAUCAUUGCAUAAACAGAGUAGCACAGACCUAGCGUUCUAUGGAGGAAAGAAGAGAACUGGAACUCCAAGGCAGAGCAAUUGUGUGACUCUCAUAGAUACUAAUCAAGUAGUCAGGAUUUUACCCCCAGGAGAAGUCCCUCUAAAGGACAUAUACUCAAAAGGUGUCACCCCCCCAGAGACAGCUGGUUAUAUAGAAGUUACUGAUCUUCAAUCAAAGAAACUCAGAUAUAUCCCCAUUCCCAGCCCCAGCUCUCUCUCACCAUAUACCACGUGGCUAUCUGCUAUUUCGGACACCGAUGCACUGCUGGCUGAGUGGAACAAAAGUGGCAUCGUUACUGUUGACAUGGGCGGGUGUGUCAGGCUCUGGGAAACUGGACUGGAACGUCUGCAGCAGUCACUCCUGGAGUGGAGGAACAUGAUGGGGCAGGAUGGUGACCAACAUAUGCAGAUAACAAUCAACAGAGAUAGUGGUGAAGAUGUGAGCUCCCCCAAACACGGGAAGGAGGACCCAGAUAACAAGCCCCACGUGGGUGGCAACACUUGGGCUGGUGGAACAGGAGGAAGAGACACUGCAGGACUGGGGGGGAAAGGAGGUCCUUACCGACUGGAUGCAGGCCACACAGUGUAUCAGGUCUCUCAGGCUGAGAAGGAUGCAGUUCCUGAGGAGGUCAAGAGAGCUGCAAGAGAAAUGGGCCAGAGAGCAUUUCAACAGAGGCUAAAGGAAAUCCAAAUGAGUGAAUAUGAUGCUGCCACCUACGAAAGGUUUUCAGGUGCUGUUCGACGGCAGGUACACUCCCUCCGAGUCAUUCUGGAUAAUCUGCAGGCUAAAGGUAAAGAAAGACAGUGGCUCAGACACCAAGCUACUGGAGAACUUGAUGAUGCCAAGAUCAUUGAUGGGCUGACUGGAGAAAAAGCCAUCUACAAACGCCGCGGUGAUUUGGAGCCACAACUGGGCAGCCCACAAGAGAAACCCAAGCGCCUCCGCCUGGUGGUGGAUGUGUCUGGCAGCAUGUAUCGCUUCAAUGGGGUGGAUGGCCGGCUUGAGCGCUCAAUGGAGGCCGUGUGCAUGGUCAUGGAAGCUUUCGAGAACUAUGAAGAGAAGUUCAAGUAUGACAUCGCUGGACAUUCAGGAGAUGGCUAUAACAUUGGCCUAGUGCCAAUGAACAAAGUCCCCAAGGACAAUAAGCAAAGACUAGAAAUUCUGAAGACGAUGCAUGCUCACGCCCAGUUCUGCAUGAGUGGGGACCACACACUAGAAGGAACAGAACAUGCUAUCAAGGAAAUUGUCAAAGAAGAAGCUGAUGAGUACUUUGUCAUAGUCUUGAGUGAUGCAAAUCUGUCACGAUAUGGAAUACAUCCAACCAAGUUUGCCCAAAUCCUGACAAGUAACCCUCAAGUAAAUGCUUUUGCUAUUUUUAUUGGAUCUUUAGGCGAUCAAGCAACCAGGCUUCAGAGAACUCUACCAGCUGGCCGCUCUUUCAUUGCCAUGGAUACCAAGGACAUCCCUCAGAUUUUACAACAGAUCUUCACCUCUACCAUGUUGUCCAGUGUUUAAGAAACACCCUUUGCUCCCCUAAUUGACCCCAGGACUUGAAACUGAUGGGGGCCGAAGAGCAUUCAAAAGAGAAGACAUCUCCAAGGCAGACUGUGUCUGAAUACAGUAUCUGGAUAAAGCUGGCAUUCCCGGGUCUUCCUACACUUGCUCCAUAAUCAGAACUCAGAGAAACAUCCAAAAGGAGUUUGUGAAUGGAAAUCUACAACCACUGAUGGUUUCCAAGUCCUCAGAGGAAGCAAGGUGACCUGCAUUUAUAAAAGGUCAGGCUAAAGGAAGAUGGUAUAAGAAUGACACGGUUUGGUCAGUUUCCAAAAUCUGAAGAAUAUCUGGUUUUUGCCUUAAGGCAUUAUUUGUUGCCUAAGAUAAGAAAGCAAUCCAGGCAAACCAAGCGUUGGAGGCCACUUUUGGACACUAAGGAACAUAUGCACACACUCUACCCAGCAUGCUCCAGUCUACAGUUAUUUUUUAUUUUCUCCCCCUCUGUAUUGCCUAGGAAACAAUGAGGUUACAGUAUUUACUCCAUUGAAAAGUCCUUCCAGCAGCAGUAUUUUACAAAAGGUUGGAUUUUCUCAAUAAUUCAGUCUCUUGACCAAAGCCAAAAAGAAUCAGAUGUUUAGAGUACUUGCUUUUCUAUGUGACUUUUAAGAGGCUUAUCACAUAGUAAAAAGCAAACAUGGAGUGGAAGAGUAUAGACAACUUAUCUCGGCUCUCCUAGUUCCUGCCCUGCCAGCACUUCUCAAAACUUACACAGAAUUACACUUUGGUGUCCAAAAAUAGGGCUCAACAUAGCAAAUGUUAGUAAGAGAAAUUAUUUUUGAGAUCAUUCAUAUAAAAAUUACUUAACACCAAGUAAAAGAACCUGAAUCAACUGGAGAUUGAAGAUUUCUUAGCUGUAAACAAAUUUAAAAAACUCUUUUUCAAGCCCAGUCCUUUUUUUCUCUGUAAGUAUACCUCAUUCCCUCCCCCUUGGGCUGACUUUCAUCAGUGGGCAAGAUCAUCACAUCUCUAAAAUCAAAAGCUGCAGCAAAACUUAGUCUCUCUCCCAACCAUAGGAUGAAAUCAUCUUCACCAUUGCCGGCAAAGUCAAAAAUGCUGUGGGCACCACUGCAGGUGUACUUUUUAUUGUGAGUCAGAAAAACUAAUCUUGCUAAUAAUGUGAAUGUAUUAAUCCAUGUACAUUGAAAUUGAAUAGGUCCAUAAUUUUAUUUUAAUUAACUCUAGGACAAAAGAAAACGUUCAUUUGUUCUACUACCACAUCUCCCUCUCAAUUAUCAAAGAAAUAAAAGUAAUCAAACUUCAAUAUGGUAUUCUUACCCAAUGAAUUUG